CCAAAAGCUCAAUCUUCUUUCCAGUUGGAGCCCGGUUUAUUACACAACAUGCCCAAGCAGCUCAAAGAGAUCAAGGACUUCCUCCUUACUGCCAGACGCAAGGACGCUACUGGUGUCCGUCUCAAGAAGAACGGCAACAAGUACAAGUUCAAGGUCAGAUGCUCCAAGUACCUCUACACCUUGGUUGUCGCUGACCAGGAGAAGGCUAACAAGCUCAAGCAGUCCCUCCCCUCCGGUCUCAGCGUCAAGGAGAUCUAAACCGGCUCUUCUUCGGCUGCUUGUCUUGUAAUAAACAUCCGUACCAAACACUGGGAACGAUGGAAUUCGAUGCUUGUCGGUCGUCAUGCUGUGGAUCGAAUACACCCUCGCCACAAUGACCUCUCUGCCA